UCUGUUGUACAUCCGCGUUGCUUGCGGGCAUUAUCGCGUACCGUUGAUACGUUCGUUCGUUUGCGUUUAUUGUAGCAGCUUUUGAUAUUUUAUCAGGAUGUAACGCACUGAGGCACAGUGCUGGAGUAUCGUAAUUAUCAGUAUCGUUAUUAUUGUUGUUGUUUUUGGUUACGUUUUUAUUCGGUAUUACGAGUGCCAUAGCUGGAGGUACUUGAUCUGAAACAAGGGUGCAGGUGGUUCGCGAGGACGGGAUUAGUAGAGUAAAAAAGAGGGGCGAGUUAAUGGGGCGAAAAGAGGAAAGGAAAAAGAGGAAAUUGAGGUUUUUUACACCCCUGAAUUUUAAUUCUAAUGAAUUUUAAUAUGGGUUAUAAGUUAAAUGACACGAAACGGGGUUAUUAAAAAAAUUCGAAGACACGCGUUGCAGUCAGAAAACGUGGUUAAAGCGAUCUAAUCAUGAAAAAGAUCUGACAAGGAUUAAGGAAAUGGUUGUUAUAGAGAACGAGUUAAUCGUGGUCAUAAUAUAUAUACGAAGUCGUGGUUUUUCUGAAUUACGGCGAAAAAUCUGAUUGUGAGCUCGAUUAAUCUAAGAGAGACGUUAUCCUGCAAAUCAAAUUCCACGUUGUAAUUUAUAAAACGGUCGAUGCCGGGAGGGAGUCGGGAGAGAAUCUGGAAUCUGCAGUUCCAUAUUUCAAAGCCUAUAUCGGAAAUGAGAUUGAGAAGAUUGCGAUUAUAAUUCGAGAUUAUUCAUCAUUAUACCAAAACUGCGCUGCUGUUUAUAUCACUCUGUGUACUUAUUUCCGGAGUGGGUAAUUUCAUCGGACUAACGAUCAAGUCUCGAAGUCAAGCGGCGGUAUAACAAAUAAAACUGAACCGAACCCCCUACGUAGAUUUGAGUAAGGAAAUGGUGGAAAUAUUCGAAUGAUAUGUUAACUGGCAGGUCAAACAAUUGGAGCUCUGAACACAGCAGUCACAUGGCCGUGGGUGAAGUGCGGUGGGUUUUUAAGCGAAGCGUGAGAGGUGUGUUCUCAUUUCUGGUACAAGUCAUAAAAAGCCGCUCAAGUAGUGAAAUCGAUCGCAAGGUUUUCCGGCGAAAUGAAUGGUUUUCUAUCGUUUUUAUUGAUUUACGCGUUGAUUGCCGAGGCUAUGGCCUUCCGCGAAACGACUCGCGACGGGGAUACAUCGACGAGGGAAAAUCUUACGGAGAAUUGUGACCUUCGCCGGUUUCGGAAAGAUGCAGGAGAUAAAGUCGUGCUGUCUAGAAAACGAAGAUAUCUCACUUUUCCGGAUGGCAGUGCCUUUGCGGCAACCGUCUCCGUGACAAAAGCGUUACCAUACGAGCAAACACCACCGUUCAAUGUGAUCGUUGAAUACGACGUUAUUUGGCCGAUUCCGGGCAAUAAAAAUCCAGUCGAUGACGCCGGCGACGAUGCCGACAAACGGAUAUACAUCAAGAAAAUUAGCAGACCAUCUCGAUGGCGGGUGCAUCGUCGACACAAAAGAGACUUAUACGCCAAUUACGAAGCCGCUCUCGAUAGCCAAAAUAUACCAGGGAAGAAUUGUGUACUCAGGACAGUUUGCGAAGCGCGUAGCGUUCUCGAACCUCCUGGAGUAUCUUUCGUCGAAGACUUGUUACGUAUAGUUUUCCGUAAUCCGAGGGUGUCGGGAGAAAAAGUGGACGAAUAUGACAGGGCAUACUCUACCAGGAACGACUGUGACGUCAAGUAUCCAUGCCCGUUUUCGAUAAUCGAAUUGAUAUUAUCAUUUGGUCAAGGACUGAUCACUUGAUCUCUCGUGUCUGUAUAUAAAAUAAACGAUGGAAUCCUAAUAUCUGUAUUUAUUCUUAUGACC